GUUUUUCUAAGGAAAAUCAUGAUUUCCCAACCACGCAUACAGUGUACUGUUCUUGAUGGGUACUUAUUGUUGUUGUCCUUUAGCGCACUGCAAAGCUAAAGUAGGCUGAGGAGAGUAGGAAACUGCUCUCUCUACACCAUGGUGUAAUGGUAGUGCCUAGAGAGGAGGGGGCGUGACGGCUGCAAAGCGUGGAGCGGCGGCAGCGUGGUACCAGGGACACAAACGUGGCGUGUGUUCAGCGUGUUGUGUGUCCUGUGUAAAAUGAUAAUACCUGUGAGAUGCUUCACUUGUGGCAAAAUAGUUGGAAACAAAUGGGAGGCAUAUCUUGGCCUUUUACAAGCAGAAUACACAGAAGGUGAUGCCUUAGAUGCUCUGGGUCUGAAGAGAUACUGCUGUCGAAGAAUGCUGCUUGCCCACGUGGAUCUGAUUGAGAAGCUCCUGAAUUAUGCCCCUCUGGAAAAAUAAAUAGGAAGAACAUUUGAUACCACACUUGUAUGGACCAGAAAACUACUAGAAAUUCUGACACUAAACUGCUGGGGUUACAGAUACAGAUCAUGCCCAGUAAGGAAUUUCACUCUUCAUUCCCUGGCCACACUACUGCCCCAGUCACUAACCUCUUAAAAAGAAAUUACUGAAAGAUGAAAUCCACUUACACACAGUUGGGGACUGCCGUUUUAAUUAAAACUGGGAUGGAAGUUCAUCAGAAUCCCAUGGAUUUUGCAGAAUGGUGAACAUUUUUAACUGUGCUUUGAGUUAUUGGCAUCAAUGUUAAUAAAGCUUUUAAAUAUA